AUGACUGACCGUUCCACCUACAUUGCUUGCGGGUACCGAGUCAUGUACGAUAGUAAUGAAUACGACAAGCCUUCUUGUGAAUCAAGUGUCGACCCUUCUGAUAUGAAAUGGCAGAAAACGAGCCUCCACCUCCCUAUUCAUCGCCUUUUCGGGGCCUUCGGCUCGCCAAUUCAGCGGCUAAGGAUGCCUGGAUAUCUUCCUCGUCAUUGUUCUCAUGGGCCAAAGUCUCUGUCUGUUGCAGUCCAGCUUGCGUUUCGGCUUGAGAAUGAGCUCUAGAACGAGUGUACGUUCGCUUGCGACGCGGCGGUGGUAUGAUUUGCUUUCUACCGUAAUGUCUCCUCUGAUGACGAAGAAGUUGAAUCCGUUUAGGAAACUUAUCAUGGCAUCCGUCAAUAUUACAACUCCACUUUUUAUGGUCUGUGUCGACAUGUCUUCUAGGCGAUGAGUCAGUCAUUACUGAGGGGAUUUCUGAUUCACAAGCUGACUUGUAUAUAUGCAAAGACACUCACCUGUAGUCUGUUUCUGUGCUAAACCUCAGGAAUCUGCACCGAUGUGCGUAGUUGCACCUCAAGCUCGAAUCAUCCUCCGCCUCCAAAGGAAUCGAGUGCGACUGUUCCAACGUGGCUUGUGGCUCUGGACCGGGCUGUGAGGGAAUCGACGAUAUUGUGGAACUAUCAGAACCGCGUAACAUAAGCGAAUUUGUUCCAAGUGUGCUAUAUCCGCUCUCAACAGGAUCUGAAGCUAGCCGGUGUCCACCUCUCGUUUCCAUAAGCGGCAGCUCACUUCUCGUGGAAUCAAGCGCUGAGCUACGUGCAGCGUUCGUCUGGUCGAUUCCAAGAUUUGACUUUUGCAUCUGUUGAGUCUGCCUAUGUAUACCGCUAUCAUCCAUCGACAUGAGGGGGUAGUAAGAGGCCUCGGAGUUCGGUAGAGCACUUGCUGAGGCACUAGAAAAGGUAUAUUCAUU